AAGCCCUGGCUGGGAUUUAGUUGCAAAGCCGGACGCCAUAUUUUGUUUUCAGCUUUGGCAGAAAUUACCCUCAGCAUAGGGGCCCACAGAGGAGGGGAAGGCUGGGUUCCCCCAGCCUAACACUCCCUCUUGGUCAUGUCGGUUCUGUCGGUGCCAUCUCCUGUCCUGGCGAAGCGACAUUUUGACGAGGGCGACGCCGGCGAUAAUUUCGACCGGCAGCUCAGCGGUAAACGUUCCCGUCAGCACUACAGUCCGGCAGCUGCGCGGUGCGUCCAGUUUGCGGUCGGCGGCCUGCAUGCUGUGCCGCAGACCACAUUGUCAGCACUGCUGGCUUUGUUCCCUGGCAUGGAUGAACGGAUUGUCUCCAGCGUGCUCUCGGAGUGCGGGAACAAUAUAGAUGCUGCAAUUCGCCGUCUCGGCGAGCUCCAUUUAUCGACAACCGAGGAUGGAUCAGCUGAUUCGGCCGGGCGUGCCUCGGCCUCGGCAGCGCCCGCAGGUCUACACCGCACAGCGGGAGAAUCAUCAUCCCCCUUCCCGGGAACGCCAUCUACUCUGGGCUCUGCUACGGGUGCCGCCGCCGCCCCCGCAACAGCGGCUGGCACCGCUGCCCUUGGCGGGGCCAGUGCUGCCGCCGCCGACGCCGCGGCUGGUGCUAGUGGCAGCAGCGGCGGGCCGACGACGGCUGAGCAGUGGGUGGAUCUUUUGGUCUCGGAGAUGUCUGCGGCCACGGAUAUGAGUGACGCGCGGCAGCGGGCGGCGGGCUUUCUCAGCCAGUUCGAAGCGUUUGUGGCCCGAUUCGUUCGGCAACAACAACAACAACAGCAACAACAACCGCAGCAGCAGCAGUUUCAGCAGCAACAGCAGGCCGCGGGCUGUCCAACCGAGGAAAGCUUGUGCGUCCAGGCCGUCGGGGGGAGUGGGGGGGAGCCGGCGGCGGCGGCGGCAGCAGCAGCGACGCUGGCGGCACGCGCCGCUAAGCUGGCGGAGGAGAACGCCGUACUGAAGAAGGCCGUACAGAUCCAGCACCGGCAGCUGCAGGAGCGUGCGGUUCAGGAUGGGGAGGUGGCCCAGCUCAAGGCGCUCCUCGCCCAGUACCAGGAGCAGGUUCGGACGCUGCAAGUGAGCAACUACUCGCUCACGCUCCACCUGCAAAAGGCCACGAGCUCCGGAAUGAUGGGCCAGUCUCGCAACCCCGAUGUAUUUUGAGCUUGACAGGGGUUGUUGAGCUUUUGGCGUU